ACUAGACGCAGCUGAAAGCUCCAAAGGCUGAAAAAGUGCACAUUGAGGUGUUUUUUUGUUUUGUUGAGGAGUUUUUAUUCUGACAGCUCCAACGGGAAGUCCUGUUAAUUUUCUUUCAACGUGCUGCCAGUGUUGAGGAGCUGGAUGAGGGAGAGACAGAGAAGGUGGAGUGUAGGCUACAGACAGUACUGACAUAGCGGCGUUCAGGGCUCUGAUUCUUCUCGGCCCGGCGGCUGACUUAAACAGUUGUGUACCUCUAUACGAGGUAAACUGCAAUCUGGAUUACAAGGCGUUGGGAGAAGCGAGGCGAGCGGGAGCGACGGGAAUGAAAGAGGAAUAAAAGAGAUAGCUGAUAGCUGAAGAAAAAGGGAGCGACGUCGCAAACGAGCCACCAAGGAGGAGACAUACCCUGGCCAGACGACCCGUUAGCUCGGAUACAGGGAGGCAAAGAGGGGGCGGAAUUAACGGGAGAAAGGCUCAUAAAUAACAAAAGAGAGCAGCGACUUUAUCACUAGGGCAUGGCAGAUGCAGAGCUGGACUUCCAGACAGGUGAUGCCGGCGCGUCCGCCACCUACCCCAUGCAGUGCUCGGCUCUGCGUAAAAAUGGCUUUGUUGUGCUGAAAGGACGACCAUGCAAGAUCGUUGAGAUGUCCACCUCCAAGACUGGCAAGCACGGCCACGCUAAGGUCCACUUGGUUGGUAUCGACAUCUUCUCUGGUAAGAAGUAUGAAGAUAUUUGUCCUUCCACCCACAACAUGGACGUCCCCAACAUCAAGAGAAUGGAUUACCAGCUGAUUGGGAUCCAAGAUGGCUACCUGUCCCUGCUCCAGGACAGUGGUGAGGUGAGAGAGGACCUGAAGAUUCCCGAGGGAGACCUGGGCAAAGAGAUAGAGAGCAAGAACGAAGCCGGAGAGGAGAUCCUGAUCACCGUUCUAAAUGCAAUGGAUGAAGAAGCUGCAAUUGGCAUCAAAGCCUUGGGUAAAUAAGUCACUGCAGGUAAAUACAGAGCCACAGCCGCUAAUCGACACGCAGCUCGACCUCGCGCCCCACCAGCAUGUGCCAUGCCAGUGCAAGUGUGUGUUAUGUCAUGUACAUGUACAGCUUAACGUUCAUCAGUGGAUCAAGGGGAAGGCAACUCCAAUCAACAAUAUCCAAGGCUGUUUGAUUGUUUAGAUUUUAUCUUUGGUAUUAUAUACAAAAAAAUUUAAGAUGUUAUUCACAGUUAUGCAUAUCCACAAUACUGGAAAUAUUGAUGUUUUUCCAUAGUGCUGCGUUGCAUAAUGACUUUUGUGUAUAUAUUUGUUUGAACUGGACGUUAGUGAUCAGCAGAAAUUUCAAGAUUUCUAAUUGACAAAAUGUAAUUCGGUUAUUGUUUGAAAAUUUGAGUGUUAAUUCCAUUUCCACUUAAAAUUUGCGGAUUUGCCUACCCUUCGUGUACUUCUUUUUCAUGUUAACACUAAUAUGAGCAUGUGUAUCUUUUUAUGUAGCACUAUGACAUAUAAAUGAAAGCUUAUGGUUUAUAUUGUAUUUUUGACCAAUUGUUUAUUUUUUUUGUCCCCCCCCCCCGUGGGUUGCACUUUACAGCCUGAUCUAAAAAGUUGCUUCCUGUACACCCCUUCUUCUUUUAAGAAACGGCCUGUAAGCAUUGCUGUUGUUAUGGUUAGGUCAGACUGUUUUAUGCACGUUGUCACCUGCAGAGUGUGGGCCUGUAGAGGUGUUCACAAGAAGAAAAAAAAACAUGUUUAAAACUGUUGGUUGUGCAAUGUUUUCUUUGCAGAGGCUAGUUUAAACACUGUCUCAUUAAAAUAGAUUUCUCUUGA